AGGAACCCAGAUCGAGGUUCUUUCUUAAUGUAAUUUUCUCUUUUGGCAGUGUUGUUAAACAUAACGCCAUUUUGCUACCGUGAAGCAGACGUGAAUAAUUUCCAACACAAUUCUUUAAAAUGGCCGGUGACUGGGCUCAACUCCAAUGGGAGAAGUUUGGACUGCAGUUUGAUGAGGUGGAUGCCGAUAAAAAUGGCAGUUUAAGUUUGUGUGAAGUGGAACAAGUUUUAAUUAAAUCUGGAUUCAAUGGAGAUGCAGAGACUGUCAAGUUGAUAUUCAAGAAUCUUGAUACCGAUGGAGAUAAGAAAAUAUCUAAACAGGAAUUUCAAGCUUCUGUUAAAGAACUACCCAAGAUAGAAAUGCAGGAGAUGUCUUUGCGACGUGCUUUUAAAAUGAUGGAUACAGACAAUAGUGGAUUUCUAACCAAAAGAGAAAUUAUUGAUGCUGUCAAGACGCUGCCUGGGUUAGAUGUCUCGGCUGAAAAGCUGGCUGAUCUUCUCAUUUUCCAAGUUACAGAUAAAGACAAGAAAAUCAGCUUUGACGAAUUUCUACACGUGUUCGGUAUCGAGGCUGCUAGCGCCCACAUGAGAGAGGUCUUUAAAAAGAUCGACAAAGACAACAGCGGAUUCUUAUCCAAACAGGAAAUCAUCGACAGUAUCGCUGCCGACUCGGAGUUAAAUUUGAAGGCGAAGAAAAUCUCUCCUCUUCUCAUUCACUUCAGUAAAAAUAAGGGAACAGAUAAAAUAAAUUAUGAUGAAUUUAUUACUUUGUAUACAACCGAAAAACCUUAAAUUAAAAAUGUUCUGUCAUAUUUUUAAACGAUAAAGGAUGAAUUCUUUUCAAAUACGUGAAUGUAAUCUUUUGGUAGUAAAUAUUAGAAAAAAAGUUGAAAAAGAAUGAAAUGACAAAUUUGGACAUUUUAAAAAAUGAUUCCUAAACAUAAAACUCGCCGAAAUAUUACAAGUUAUUAAAAUUCUAUGAACACACAAUUUUAUAUUUAAGUAUUGUUUAUAAUUUCGAAUUUAUAAAGGAAAUUAAAACCAGGUAAUUUUGUAAAGGUAAUUUGUAACUAUGGUUACCUGUAUUUUGAUCAA